UUCUCCAUUCGACAGACUCCCAACCCUGCUCAUCACCACACAGGGAAGCCAAGAAUCACGGUCUCCAGACUUCACACAGUUCUGUGAGCCCCGCAAGCCUGCAUUUUUCCAAACAAGACAAUGACAUAUGAAAACUUCCAGAACUUGGGGAAUGAGGAGAAAAACCAGGAGGCUGGAAAAGCAGCUGCCCCCCACGCCUUCCUGUGGAGUAUCUUCUCUUGGACCCACCUCCUCCUGUUCUCCCUGGGCCUCGGCCUCCUGCUGCUGGUGGUUGUCUCCGUGAUUGGAUCCCAAAAUUCCCAGUUAAGGAGGGACCUAGGCACCCUGAGAGCCACUUUAGAAAACGUCACCUCCAACACAAAGAACGAAGUGCAGGCCCUGGCCUCCAGGGGUGACAGCUUGCAAGAGAAGAUCAACUCUCUGAAAGUGGAGGUGGACGACCACAGGCAAGAACUGCUGGCAGGCCGGGACUUGCGCCAGACAGUUUCCUCUCUGGAGAGCACACUGGAGAAAAAGGAACAGGCAUUCAAAACAGGCCUAUCUGAAAUAACAGAGCGUGUCCAAGAGCUUGGGAAGGACCUGAAGACACUGUCGUGCCAGCUGGCCAGCCUCAAGAACAAUGGCUCCAAAAUGGCCUGCUGCCCCCUUCACUGGGUAGAGCAUGAAGGCAGCUGCUACUGGUUCUCUCAGUCUGGGAAGUCAUGGCCUGAUGCUGACAAAUACUGCCAGCUGGAGAAUGCUCACCUGGUGGUGGUCAACUCCAUGGCGGAGCAGAAAUUUAUCAAUGAUCACAAGGGCCCUGUGCCCACCUGGAUGGGCCUUACAGACCAAAAUGGACCCUGGAAAUGGGUGGACGGGACUGACUUUGACAAAGGAUUCAAGAACUGGAAGCCACUGCAGCCGGAUAACUGGCAUGGACAUGGGCUGGGAGGAGGUGAGGACUGUGCCCACUUCUCUUACGAUGACGGUCGUUGGAAUGAUGAUGUCUGCCAGAGGGUUUACCGCUGGGUCUGUGAAACAGAUCUGAGUAAAGGCAGCUAAGAGUCCCCUCCCCCUAACUUAUAUCUUCAGUGCCAUAAACCUUGGAUGUCUGGUGUUGGUAAUCCCCCUGUCUUGGUAUCUCCAUCUUGGGAUACUUUUUUUUUUUUCCUAGCAUUUCAAGAGAUAGAUAAAGGAUGGUAUCUAAGGAAUGUAGUGUUAUGUUUGGAAUGGUGUGGUUAUUAGAACCCUGAUGCUGUGUACAGUGUAUAGCCUAUUAUUGUCAAGUUAUUUUUUUAAAGUAUGUUCUAUGAGUUGCUGUGGUAGGGAGUUGGUCGUGAGCUGGCUAGCAUUAUGAAGUCUUGGGUGGGUGGUGGCAACAUAAGAAUUGGAUGACUUUUGGCCAGAUGAUCUGGUUAGGAGCCCCAUUUUGUUAUUUAUAGAUACACUUAGGCAACUUUUUCUGUCAUUCAAGUCAUUGGUGUUAUCUGUCUACCCACUGGGAACUGAGCUACCCCAGCACUGAGUACUUCAGAAGCAUUGAAUGAUCUUACUGGUCUGUUCUAUUCAUCACAAGAGUGAAGCUGCAUUUACAGACAGGUUACAGGUACAUACCACACACAACCCAGAAUCACCAAACACUUGGCAACAACCAGGAGGACCUCAGAAGGGAGGCACUGAUGCUAACAACUAAGGGUUGUAGUAAGGGCCCAAGGACCCACCAGUCAAGGCUCCCAGAUGCUCACAGAACAACUGGCAGACACAGAGAAAGAGUUUGCCCAUAAAUAAAACCUCAACUAAUGACAG